GCUCUUUUCCUCCCUGGCUGCUUGAAGAUCAGCCGCCAUCAUGAACGACACAGUAACUAUCCGGACAAGGAAGUUCAUGACCAACCGACUGCUUCAGCGGAAACAAAUGGUCAUCGAUGUUCUUCACCCUGGAAAGGCAACAGUACCUAAAACAGAAAUUCGGGAAAAACUGGCCAAAAUGUACAAGACCACACCAGAUGUCAUCUUUGUAUUUGGGUUCAGAACGCAUUUUGGUGGUGGCAAGACAACUGGCUUUGGCAUGAUUUACGAUUCCUUGGAUUACGCGAAGAAGAAUGAGCCCAAACACAGGCUUGCGAGGCAUGGCCUAUAUGAGAAGAAAAAGACCUCACGAAAACAGCGGAAGGAACGCAAGAACAGAAUGAAGAAAGUCAGGGGGACUGCAAAGGCCAACGUUGGUGCUGGCAAAAAGAAGGAGUAAA